AUGGGGAGGAUCAAGAAAUCGGCCGCGCCUAAACACGGCGCAACACUGUCGCCGUAUGUGGCCGACUUCAUAGAGAAGACGACCCGGUCGGUACCGCUGCACGAAUUGCCCGCACACCUAGCUUCCUUUCCUCGACACUGGCCCUUUCCGAGGGGCGACCUAUACCACUGGAUUCCGGUCCUGAACCGAUUCGACAGCAUCUUGGAGCAUUUCGUUCAAGAAUACGGCUUGUCUGAACCUCAAACACAACCUUUCGAGAGGCGAUUACUCCUCAAAGGCGAUGAAGAACAACCAUCGGCAGUCCCUCCGAGUGAGGAGCUACUGGACAACCUUGGGCUCUCAGGAGAAGGUGACCGCGAGCUUAUUGAAGCAGUUCUUUCCUUUACGCGCCUACUCCUGGAGAACUGCGGAAAUCGAAGCUUGUACUCAAGCAGUAGCCAUCUCAAUAGCUUGCUUCAUACCACCUCGCUUUCCCUGCUGAAAAACACGCUGCGGCUUAGUCUUCGCCUUGCUCAACGUUACCAUGCUUCCCGAAUACGAGCUGCUGCUGUUGCUAUGCAGCCCUCGUAUCUUGCAAGCCAUUACGACCUCAACCUUGACAGGGUACUUAAGCUUGCUCAGCCGUUUGUACGCGGUCCUGCCUCUACCUCCACCUUCGCCUCGCUGAGCACCAAAGGCAAGGGUAGUGUGGGUGCUGAAAGCGGCACUCCGACCACGAGCCCCACUCCUUCUGAUCUGGUGUCAAUUGUCAAAACGGAUUCCUCAGCCGCUUCACAUUGGGAAGAUUUUGGCAACAUCCAUUUCACAUAUUACGAUGCCUCAGACGCAGCUCCUGAGACUGCAAGCAAGCACACUACUCAAGAUGCGCCCAGUUCUGCGUCACCAGGAACUCCUACACCGUUGCGCCGCACGACUAGCCUGGGCCCACAUCAGACACCACGUCAAAACCGCCCCUCAGCCAUGGGCGAAUCUCCCAGCACGAAAGGCAUCUCGCCUGGUCAACCCUCAACUGACAACCGGCCCUCUGGUCCCAAAGCGCUUCAAAUCCCCCCACCGAGGCUGUUGUCCGAACCACCUCAUGAAAUCCUGAGUUCGCUGAUCCCGGAGGUGCCACCUAGUAUGCGCUUUGAGUUACUCCAGAGGAUUCGUGUCGCACACGCCAUAGUCUCUUCACAAGCCACUCGUCAAGACAUUGUUGCCAUCCGAUUGCUUGCAAUAGCAAACCUGGCUUAUGUCUAUCCUGCGCCGACUUUCCAAGCAGAGAUUGCACAGCAGGAUUCGGAUGAACCCCGGCGUCUGCAGCUCACUUACCAGCUUUCCGAGCUCGUCCAUCCACCGGCUCACAGCGGACCGAGUGUGCCUAGAGAACUCCAGACGCUGGCUCUUGAGACUUUGGAAGCGUUGACGAAGCAUAAGGAAAAGGCUGUGGACGUAUCGACUGCGCUCAGCGUCAAUGUCAACCAUGGCGUACUUUUCUACGUCGUCCGCAAAGCUGUAGCGGAAUUGAGCACGGAUGAAAGUUCUCAGGAUCGCGCUGAAGAAGAUGAGUGGCGGGAGGCUCUGUUUUCGCUGCUGAACAGUCUUCCGGGAUCACAAGCUCGUCUCGGCGAGUCCAUGGUUUCAGCAGGUCUGUUAGAGAUACUAGUUGAAGUACUGACCUUGCGCACACACAAGGCGGAGCGGACCCACCCGAAGGUGCUGAACUUCCUGGACAUGUUUGUCUACAAUCUCAGGGACGCCUUCCAGGCACUCGUCAAUGCAAAGGGGCUGGACAUCAUAGCGGACCUCACCGCUUACGAUGUCGAGACCUCUUACUCGGAAGCUGAAAAGGGGCAUGGGCUACCACCAGAGUACAAGACGCAAAUGACCGACUACAAGAUCCCCUUCUACAAGCAGCAAACUCUCCGACUGUUGUUCAAAUUUAUGAACCAUAUGAUUACACACGCGAGUGGGAACAGCGACCGCGCAAUUCGUAAUCUCAUUGACAGUCCACAGCUAUUGCGCAGCCUUCGCACGGUUCUUGGCAACGCUCCUGUGUAUGGCUCGACCGUUUGGAGCAUGACGGUCAGCAUAUUGAGUAAUUUCAUCCAUCAGGAACCGACAAGCUACAACAUAAUCGCGGAAGCCGGCCUUAGCAAGGAAUUCCUCGAAGCCGUCACAGGAAAACCGAUUUCGGACGAUCGGCCCUUGCCCACGGCGUCAGAAGGGCAGGCUGAGCCGCCAGCUCAAAGCAUUCUCCCUGUUGCGGAGGCUAUCACUACGAUACCGCAGACGUUCGGCGCAAUAUGUUUGAACGAGUCUGGGAUGAAACUUUUCAGAAGGUCUGGCGCCAUGGAAGGCUUUCUGGAAGUUUUCGAAAGCCCAGAGCAUGUCAAGGUCUUGGAAGCCGAUGCAGAAGCAGCGACCGCUAUCGGCGGUGCCUUUGACGAACUGGCCAGACACCAUCCUCGUUUAAGACCAGCCAUCGUCAAGGCCGUGAGCAAGACGGUGGUUCGGGUCGUCCAGCUCUGUUUCUCCCAGGCAGCGCAUCAUGGUGCAGGAUCCAAGCUUUGGGUCGACGCCGGUGAAGGGCGCCUCAAGGUGGUUGGCGGACGACGAGCUGUCCUUGGUGAAGAGGGUCAGAAGCACAAGCAAGCUCGCCUCAGGCAGGAACAACGUCGGGCCAGCGCAGGCGCGGAUGUUGUCAUGCAGGAUGUGAAUGCAAGGCCCUGGACCGAAGAAUUUCUAAGCCGCGAUGUCUUUAGCGACGAGAUUGAAGAGGCAACGGACAGCAAAGAUGCAUCGAUUACGACCAAGUACGUUGCUGUCCUAGCCAGGUUCUUGACUGGACUGUUCAACAACAACAACAUUUGCGCUGAGUUUGCGAGCGGCGGCGCGCUUGAGUACGCACUGGACUUGACCACUCUGCCAAGUCUGCCCUACAACUUUGGGGACGACGUCGGUACCAGCGACGAAGUAGGUCGUGUAAUUCAGUUCUUGGUCGAUGCCAAACCCCAUUUAGCCCUACCUCCACUCCUCAAGCGUGCACUGCGCGCAGUGGCUACCCUGGAACCUUUCCUCGAACACGAAGAGCCGUCCGCGUUCUUCUCCGCCUUCACCACCCCUUCUGACGAUCAAGAUUCCCGCACGGGCAGCAGCAGAGCAGAUGUUCUCUGCAACGGAACGAGAUAUGUGAAGGCUCUCGUGAAUCUUCACACAGUUUGCAACGCCCUCACUAUGGCGAUGGGGGUACCUUUCCAUGCACACCGCUCAGCACCGACCGUGUUCCAGCAAGUGAACGUAGCGGACAUGUACAGUCUCCUCGUAGACGGACUCGGUAGGUUGCAGAGAAGCUGUGUUUGGGAAGAAAUACUCUUGCAGAGGCAUAUGCCCAAGGCCUGGGAGCCGGAGACCCGCGUUUCUGGAGCAAGCUUUGGGGGCGAGGAGGCAGAUGACGUGCUGCACAUCCAGCACAACAACAGCAACGUCACCAUGAACACGAGCGAGAGCAAUGGGCAGGGGUCGCCGACGGAGCCUUCGGAGGAACAGGAUCGUGCUGCAGUGCAGUCCAAACUCGACGAAGAAAAGAAAACAGCUCAGUUUAAGAACACGAAGACCCUGCGGUAUCUUCUAAGUCAGGUGCCCAUCGUCAUCACGAAUUUCUUCCAAGGCUUGGGGAAGGUGCUAUUGUCCCGGCGAGGAUCUCAGGACUCCUACAUGAGGCAAAACGCACAAAUAGUUGCGGAUGAGCUUGCACUAUCUGCGAUCAACCAGCUGAAAUUCGAACUGCCAAAUACCGCCGGCAACAUUGAUGACAAGUACGCAUACCAGGUCAUCAUUUUGACAUCAACCUUACAGAUUAUGUUGGACACAGAUCUGAUGGACCGCGCAUACCCGCAGACCUUGACGUUGGUGCUGCAAUCAUUUAAAGACCGCAACGGUUUCGAAGCCUUAGCCGACAUUCUGGGAAACCUCAUCGAGACACUCGAACCGGGUGAUAAUGCUGAGAAUGGAGAUACGCCCGAACGUAGACACGUGCGAACGCAUCUCGUGCUGGGAGGAAUAAAGGUCAUCCUGGAGUUUUACUCUCAGGUCAUCAGCUCGAAGAACGUCUCCGAAGCACCUCAGACACAGUACUUGUCUAGAAACGUUCCUGAUCGCGGGCGCGCAGAGUUCUUCUCAGCCAGCCAAUUUCUAGUGGAGAUCCGAGCAAAGGUUGUAAAGCAAGUGCAGCGACUCUGGACGUCAAACUUGAUAGACAAGGCCACUACAUCAGUGGUGAAGCACCUAGUCGAGAUACUCAAGAUAGUAUUGGAAGGCGAUGCAGAGAACGGUGCCUUGAGGCGAGCCGAAGAGAAUGUUGCACGCAAGCCCAUGGAACUGAAGCCCUGGAAAUCACGAAACCCUGAUACACUUGUACGACUAAAGGCUAAGGGCUUUGAUGAGGAGCUUGCGCUGGAAGCCCUCUUUCGCUGUUACGACAAUCACCAUGCAGCAGAGGAGUAUUGCAACGCGCAAAAGCUUGAUUCACGUGCUUCGAGGAACCCUGUGCCGGCCACCAUGAUUGAACGACCUUCAAAGCCUCAAGAGGCUCAAAUUCAGACCGGCCAGAGCGCCGAGGGUGCUCAACAACAGAAUGUAUCGGGUGGAAUAGAAGGACCUGAUGAGAGCAAUCAAACUCCAUCAAGUGCCAUGCAGGAUGUCGAAACGGCAGGUCCAGCUGAUCCAUUCGGCCUUGAUGACGAUCCUUUUACCGGAUUACCCUGGGAGGAAACUCACUCUUUUGGACAGCCAACACCAGCUGCGCCGAGUGGCGAUGGCUCGGCAGACGGGUCCGCGAACGUUGUGACCCUCGAGGAUCUGGAUGAGGAUCGAUCGAACCUGAGAGCCACUUUGAUUGAUCGGUCGUUGGACAUUCUCACCGUCCAUGAUGAUGUCACGUUUGAACUGUCUGAGCUGAUCUUUGCCGCUGUGCCGAAAGGCAAUGAGGCGGCCGCUAGCGCCAUGCGUGGAGAGAUUGGGUCUACACUACUCAACUCGCUCAUCUCCUUGCAGACGGAUGAGGUUCUGGGUUCUGAGGGUAAGAAAAUUGCAGCAUACGCGCAUUUACUUGCCCUUAUCCUGCAGGACAGGCGGUUCUAUGAAGCUACCUUGGACGAGCUUAAGGACAACUUCGAGAACCUGUUGUCAUUCAUCAAGAUGCCUCAUGAGCAACGGUCUGAGGAUACCCCUCAAUGGAUCGGGCAAGUCCUGCUCAUAUUGGAACGUCUCCUUGCCGAAGAUGCUCAGCCAAACAAGAUCGACUGGACGCCUAGUGAAGAGAACCCACAACCCGGCACUCCGAUAGCCGAACUGCCGGAGCCUCUUGUGUCAUUAGAACAGAAGAUGCAGCUCUUCUCUGUCUUACUGGAGAUCACACCACGUAUAGGGAAGGACCAGUCACUCGCUCUUUCAGUCAUCCGAGUUUUCGUGAUUCUAACACGAAAUCGCCAGAUAGCUACACAACUGGCGGAAAAGCGCAACAUCCAGAGGCUGUUCUUGAUGGUAAAGCAACUAGCCGGCUCAAUGGGCGAGAGGAUACAAAGCUCCUUCAUGAUCGUCCUACGACACAUAAUAGAGGACGACGAGACUAUCCGCCAGAUAAUGCGGAGCGAAAUCCAGGCAAUGUUCAGGAACAGGAAUGCACGCCAAACAGACACGACUGCGUACGUAAGGCAGACGUAUCAUCUUGCUCUGCGCGCACCCGAGAUCUUCGUGAAGGUUACUAACGAGACCCUGAUGUUCGCGCGGUAUGACUCUCGCGGAGGCGGGGGUCCUCAGAUCCUGGCACUAAAGAAAGAGGACAAGCCUGUAGCUGAAAGGUCCGAUGCCCAAGGCAAGGACGCAGGACCAGCGGCAUCUUCUGCAGAGCAAGUCACGACAGAGCAAGUUCAGCCAUCGACGGAGCAGGUUGAUAACGACGAGGCAGAGAAGUUGAAAGCUCAAGAACUCAAAUAUCCAGUCGUGGAGAACCCUGACGGCGUGAUCCACUAUCUGCUCUGCGAACUUCUUACCUACAAAGAUGUGGAAGAUAAAGAGCAGUCUGCUGCACCAAAAGAGCCUCAUAUCGAGUCGGAGGAGACUACGCCCGUGGACAUCGAGAUGACUGAUGAGGACAUGAGAUCUGCCUCGGCGACCCCGGUGCCUACCGCUCCUCUGUCAGCCAAGAAGUCCGAAAGGCCAGACUUCAAGGCUGACCAACACCCUAUCUUUGUCUACCGCUGUUUCAUUCUUCAAUGCCUCACAGAGCUACUUUCUUGCUACAAUCGAACGAAGAUUGAGUUCAUCAACUUCUCCAGAAAGGCUGAUCCGCACGUCAUGACACCUUCCAAGCCCCGUUCUGGAAUCUUGAAUUACUUCCUUAAUGCCUUGAUUCCAGUCGGCACACUCGGCCACCCCGAAGAUAUCACGUCUCGGAAGAAGUCUUCGACAUCAAACUGGGCAAUAUCCGUGCUUGUGUCCCUAUGCGAACGAACUUCCGAGGCAGGCGUUCCGGAUGUUCGGACUUCUGGAGACACUGAAGACGAGCCAGAGCUGGCGUAUGUCCGCCGGUUUGUCCUGGAACAUGCCUUGAAAGCCUUCAGAGACGCCAGUACAUCGUCUGAACCCCAGGACAUGAAGUAUUCCCGUUUGCUCAACUUGGCUGAUAUGUUUCACCGAAUGUUGACCAACAGAAACAACUCCGGGCACCAACCUACUCAGGAUGCCUUCACUGCGUCGCAGAAGCACUUGGCGAAGAUGAUGUAUGACAAGAACUUCAUCACUACUCUGACGUUGUCCAUCGCAGAUAUUGACCUGAACUUCCCUGGUGCCAAGCGCGCUGUGAAGUACAUCUUGCGCCCGCUGAAGCUUCUUACCAAGGCGGCAUACGAGCUGAGUCUAAGCGGUGAUAUCUCCUCCUCGCCCGGACAAACCACGGAAGAUGACGAGAUCUCGACUGCUACAUCGGUGACAGACGAUACGGAUGAUGUUCGGGAAGAAACACCCGACCUUUUCCGCAACUCUGCGCUGGGCAUGCUCGAGCCUGGUCGAGAAGAGGAGUCUGACUCGACCUCCGACGAUGACGACGACGAGGACAUGUACGAAGAGGACUACGGAGAAGAGAUGGAAUACGAGGAAGAGAUAGGCCAUGAUAAUGGAGAGGUUGUAAGUGACGAGGAUGAAGAGAUCGAAGCUAUGGGCGACAUCGAAGGCCUCCCUGGUGACGUGGACAUGACUCUUGAGAUCGGCAUAGACGACGAGGAGAUCGAUGGCAUGUCGGAGGAAGACGAUGAAGAUGAUGACGAAGACGAAGACGAUGGCAUCGAGGUCAUGGAAGAAGUAACAGGCGACGAUGAGGGUGGGAGUCCAGCAGAAGGGGACGACGACGACUGGGCCAGCGAAGAGGAGGAAGAAGAGGACUACCCAGGCCAAGACGAGAUUGAGGACGAUCAAGUGCUUCCUCCUCCUUUACCCCACAUUGUCGAUGUUAUUCAAGGCAACCGAGAUAUCCCACAAAUACUGGAGCAACUGGAGCAGUUCACACAGGAUGAUCACGCGCCUUCACAACGUUGUUUGCUGACACACUUCCUAGACGACGAAGACGACGAGGAAGAGUACGACGAUGAGGAGAUCAUAUAUGAACCAGACUAUGACGAAGGUCUGCAGGCGGACCAUUUGUCUCUCAACCAACUGCGACAUCUGCUGACAGUUCUCACAGAUGAAGAGGGUGCUGUUUGGGCACGUGCUAUGCCGCCACCAGGUCAUCGGCAUCAUCACCACAUUCAUCACCACCGAGGCAGUCCGUGGACUCUAUUUGGCAAUCCCCUGCAUGCUGAUCGCCUCCUGGGAUUGCCCAACUACCGCUCGCAUAGACCUGGCGGAGCACAGCGUCCCAACGAUGACGGUGUAAAUCCCCUGCUCCAACGCUCGGGCCGUGCCGUAACUAGUGGGCGGCGGAAUGCUCAGUCAGACCCGUUCGGCGACUGGGUCUAUGAUAUCGAUCCUAUCCGCGGCCCUGGUGCUGUUCGCGCUGGCAUCGGAGAAGGCCCAGUCUCUGUCAUCAACAACCUACUCAGCGCGAUGUCUGGAGCACCAAUCCAUGCAUCCGGUGGAGCUCUCCACUUCACUAUCACAGGAGGUCCUCCAGGCUCGGCUCCGAUACCGCCUGUCGAAGCGUUCGAGGCUCUUCGACAUCGGACACAGCGUCCGCGUGAGCCAGCGCUACGGCCUUCCCGAGAUGACCUUGCCCAAGUCGUCGCCUUUGUACCGGCUGGCACAAGCAGCCGCUGGCAGGACGAAGCUCGUAUACUCUUCGGUUCCGCCGCAUUCGAGAAAGCUACACGGGUGGUCAAUUCUCUCAUGAAGCUUCUUGUGCCUCCCGCGAUCGAGGCUGCGAAAAAGCGGGCUCAGGAGGAAGCUGAGCGAAGAGCUAAGGAGAGGAAGGAACGCGAAGAGCGGGAAGAGAAGGAGAAAAAGGAGCGCGAGGAGCGCGAGGCACGCGAGGCCGAAGAGAAAAAGGCACAAGAGGCCGCUGAACAAGCUGCUCGAGAGCUGGAGGAAGCUCAAGCUAGGGCAGAACAAGCUCGAGACACCGCUGGUCCAAUCGAAGCUGUGGAAGAAGAUCAAAGCAUGGAAGGUGUUGAGCAGACACAGCCUUCAACCGCCACCGCUACCGCUGAAGCAGGUCCCGCAGAAGCACAACCACGGAUUACAACUACCCUCCGCGGACGCGAGCUGGACAUCACUGGCAUGGGUAUUGACCUGGAGUAUUUGGAGGCUCUGCCCGAUGAUCUCAGAGAAGAAGUCCUCAUGGCACAAGUUGCCGAACAGCGAUCCCAAGCGGCAGCGGCAGGAGAGGAGCCGACAGACAUCAGCCGCGAAUUCCUUGAAGCUUUGCCCGCGGAAAUCAGGGAAGAAUUGCUCCAGCAAGAAGCCCAAGAUCGACGUCGCAGGGAGCGUGAGGAAGCUCGUCGAAGAGCUGCCGCUAACGGUGGGCCUGCUGCACGCGCGGAAGAGAUGGAUGCCGCCAGCUUCUUGGCUUCUCUAGACCCUGGUCUGCGGCAAGCUGUUCUCUUGGAACAAGAUGAGGAGAUGCUGGCGCAGCUGCCAGGCGACAUUGCAUUGGAGGCUCGUGCUCUUGGUGGUGAUCGACGGCUCAAUCAGUUCAUGGACAUUUCACGAGUGGGGCGUCCUCGCGCUCUCGACAGGACAGAGCAACUCGAUGACCAGGCUUCCAAGAAAUCCAAGCCUCGGCCAGUGGUACAGAUGCUAGACAAAGCCGGCGUUGCCACACUUCUCCGCCUCAUGUUCAUUCCUCAACAGGGAAGCGUUCGAGGUACCUUGAACGGCGUGCUAAAAGACAUCUCCGAGAACCGCCAAAACCGUGCCGAAAUCAUCAGCAUACUCCUGUCAAUUCUUCAGGAUGGGACGUCCGACGUCAAUGCCAUUGAGAAGAGCUUCGCUCACCUAUCGCUACGAGCCAAGCAGCCUGGUACCCAGAAGACUCCACAGCCGCCUAAGCGAACACUCACUGGCCAAUUUCCAAUCAACAGCGAGAUAUCGCCGCUUACAGUCGUGCAACAGUGCUUAAGCAGCCUGGGCUAUCUGGUGCGAGAGGUCAGCCACAUGCCUGCAUUCUUCUUGACAGAGCAUGAGACUGCUGUUGGCUUCAAGUCCCGUGCCAACCGAAAAGGCAAGGGCAAAGAUAGCAGAGCCAACAGGUUCCCUCUUAAUGCUCUCCUUGGCCUUCUUGACCGCAAGCUCAUCAUCGAGAGCUCUUCGAUCAUGGAGCAGUUGGCGUCGAUACUACAAGCUAUAACGACACCUCUGACUUUGCUGAACAGAAAGGAGAAGGAGAAAAAUGACGAGCAGAAGAAGGUCGCUUCCACACAACAGGCGUCGUCAAGUGAGACGCAAACGCAAGCUCCAGCAGCUGGAUCCACCGAUACCGAAAUGGGCUCCGCUCAAGAUACUCAGGCGCAACCCGCAGCUGACGCGUCUGCUUUGGAUGCUGGAGAUAACCCACCUACAGCUUCAGCGGGCGAUGGGAAGGCGGAGAAUCAGACAGACGAUAAGUCGAAGAAGCCUCGUCUGCUCGUACCUCCCGAAGUGCCGGACGCCAACCUGCGUCUUGUCAUCAAUAUCCUGGCUGCUCGAGAGUGCAGCAGCCGGACAUUCCGGGACACCCUUUCAAUGAUCAACAACCUGUCAGUCCUCCCAGGUGCUAAAGAAGUGUUCGGUAAAGAGCUCGUCAAGCAAGCGCAAGACCUGGGCCAGGCGAUUCUGAAGGAUUUGGACGACCUUGUGAUGCAAAUCUCGAAAGCUGAGACGAGCACUGACGUACAAGGCAUGGCUCUCGCCCGGUUCUCGCCUGCAAGCUCAGAUCAAGCCAAGUUGCUCCGGGUUAUAACUGCGCUGGACUACCUCUUUGAUCCAAAGCGUGCAGGCACUGAAGACAAGCCAGUACCCAGCAACACCGAAGGCCUUCCAACCGAGCAGAACGAAGAUAUUCUCACCACGCUAUACGAGAACCCGACCUUCGGCUCCCUCUGGAGUAAACUCAGCGAGUGCUUGACCGCUAUUAGGCAGCGAGGGAAUAUGUUUAAUGUCGCAACGAUUCUGCUGCCUUUGAUCGAAGUUCUUAUGGUUGUUUGCAAGAACACUACUCUCAAGGAUGCGCCCCUAAGCAAGAUUCACCAUAGGGAAAUCACUCUGUCCAGCCCACCGCCAGAAUCCCGGAUGGAAAACAUGUUCUUUGCUUUUACUGAAGAGCACCGAAAGAUACUGAACGAUCUCGUUAGGCACAACCCCAAGUUGAUGAGUGGGUCGUUCUCUCUUCUCGUCAAGAACUCGAAGGUCCUCGAAUUUGACAACAAGCGGAACUACUUCACCCGCCGCUUGCACCACCGCGGACCCAAUGAGAUCAGGCAUUCACAUCAGCCGUUGCAGCUCGCUGUGCGCCGUGACCAAGUGUUCCUCGACUCAUUCAAGUCAUUACACUUCAGGUCAGGCGACGAGAUGAAGUUCGGCAAGCUCAGCAUCCGCUUCCAAGGCGAGGAGGGCGUCGACGCGGGCGGUGUGACUCGCGAGUGGUUCCAAGUCCUCUCGCGGCAGAUGUUCAACCCAGAUUACGCUCUGUUUAUCCCAGUCGCCUCGGACCGGACUACUUUCCACCCCAAUCGUCUCAGCUCGGUCAAUCAGGAGCAUCUUAUGUUCUUCAAAUUCAUUGGACGCAUCAUUGGCAAGGCUCUAUAUGAGAACCGAGUCCUUGACUGCCAUUUCAGUCGCGCUGUCUACAAGUGCAUUCUGGGUAAGCCGGUGAGCAUCAAGGACAUGGAGACUCUGGAUCUUGAGUACUACAAGUCCUUACUCUGGAUCCUGGAGAACGACAUCACGGAUAUCAUUACCGAAACCUUUUCAGUGGAGACGGACGACUUCGGCGAGAAGCAGAUCAUUGACUUGGUGGAGAACGGGCGCAACAUUCCGGUCACUGAUGAGAACAAGCAUGAGUAUGUCCGAUUGGUUGUUGAGUACAAAUUGACCGGCUCGGUCAAGGACCAGUUGGAGAACUUCCUGAGAGGCUUCCAUGACAUCGUUCCCGCGGAACUCGUCUCAAUCUUCGACGAGCAAGAGCUCGAACUGCUCAUCUCUGGUCUUCCCGAGAUUGAUAUCGACGACUGGAAAAACAACACCGAAUACCACAACUACACGGCUGCAUCUCCGCAGAUUCAGUGGUUCUGGCGAGCGGUCCGCUCCUUCGAUCAAGAAGAACAAGCCAAACUACUACAAUUCGUCACCGGUACCAGCAAGGUUCCUCUCAACGGCUUCAAGGAGCUCGAAGGCAUGAACGGCUUCAGCCGCUUCAACAUCCAUCGGGACUAUGGCAACAAAGACCGGCUUCCGAGCUCGCAUACUUGCUUCAAUCAACUCGAUCUUCCGGAGUACGAGUCGUACGAGCAGCUCAGACAACAGGUCUACACCGCCAUGACCGCCGGAAGCGAGUACUUUGGUUUCGCGUAA